AGCGCCAGUUGGCUGAGCCAGCACCGAGCCGAGCCAAUUCCCUUGGUGAUAGAACCUCGGCAGAUCCUCGGCUCACGCGGGCGGGGAGAAAAGGGUGGCUGCAGGCCGCUGGAACGCUGAGGAUGCAGGCUGCGGACGCGCUGGGGACAGCCAGGGGGCCGCCUACGGACGGGAGAGAAAAGUUGACUGCAGACAGGGCCAAAUUUGCAGCUGAAAUGGAGCAAGCAGCUGGUGAGCCAGUGCAAGACCAGGGCACAUGGACACAUUUGACAGAAGACACUCCAAAAGCCACAAAAUGCACAGUGAUCGGAGGCUCUGGGUUCCUGGGGCAGCACAUGGUGGAGCAGCUGCUGGCAAGAGGCUACGCUGUCAACGUAUUUGACAUUCGGCAAGGGUUCGACGAUCCCCGCGUGCAGUUCUUCCUGGGCGACCUCUGCAGCCAACAGGAUCUGUACCCAGCUCUGAAAGGUGUAAGCACAGUUUUCCACUGCGCAUCGCCCCCACCAUCCGGUAACAACAAGGAACUCUUUUACAGAGUGAAUUACGUUGGCACCAAGAAUGUCAUUGAAACUUGCAAAGAGGCUGGGGUUCAGAAACUCAUUUUAACCAGCAGUGCCAGUGUCAUCUUUGAGGGCGUCGACAUCAAAAAUGGAACCGAAGACCUCCCUUAUGCCAUGAAACCCAUUGACUACUACACGGAGACAAAGAUCUUACAGGAGAGAGCGGUCCUGGGUGCGAACGAUCCUGACCAGAAUUUCGUAACCACAGCCAUCCGCCCUCAUGGCAUUUUUGGCCCAAGGGAUCCCCAGUUGGUCCCCAUUCUCAUCGAGGCGGCCAGGAAAGGCAAGAUGAAGUUCAUGAUCGGGAACGGGGAGAACUUGGUGGACUUCACCUUCGUGGAGAACGUGGUCCACGGACACAUCCUGGCUGCAGAGCACCUCUCCAGAGACACAGCCUUGGGUGGGAAGGCUUUUCACAUCACCAAUGAUGAGCCCAUCCCUUUCUGGACUUUCCUGUCCCGCAUCCUGACAGGCCUCAAUUACGAGGCCCCCAAGUACCACAUCCCCUACUGGGUGGCCUACUACCUGGCCCUCCUGCUCUCCUUCCUGGUGAUGGUAAUCAGUCCCAUAGUCCAGCUUCAGCCCACUUUCACACCCAUGCGGGUCGCGCUGGCUGGCACAUUCCAUUACUACAGCUGUGAGAAAGCCAAAAAGGUCAUGGGCUACCGGCCACUGGUCAAUAUGGAUGACGCCGUGGACAGGACCGUGCGGAGCUUUCACCACCUGCGGAAGGUCGAGUGAGGCGGCCUGGAGCCCGGGCCCUUCCACGCAUUCCCCAGCCCAUCACCGUCUCCUCCUAGUGAGUUUCUUCUGAGCUUAGGUCUCCUCCAGCUGGUUCUAUGAGACCACACCCACCCUUCUGUGACUCCGAGGGUGGUGAAAUCAGCAGACGUUUCGUCUUCGUAGGACUGGAUUUGGAUUUCUUAAAAUAGGGCAGCUUCCUAGUCUACUGUUUUGUAUUCUCUCCCUCUCCCCCACCCGCUUCCUCCUGGGUUCCUUAUCAUUCCAGUGGCCUUGUAAACAAUCAAAGAAGCCGUAGGGAAGAAACAAGCCAUUUGCUGAUUGAGGGGGGGGGUCCUAGACUGAUUUCCAUGCAGACUGUUCAGGGAGCCACAGAUGACAGAUACCCUAGAGAAAAGCAGAAGUUAUAAACACAUGGUGAGGCUUCAAGUGUACAUUUUAAAUAGACACAGAGUUUAGAGCAAAAACUUCUAAAAAGCUUGACUAACUAUAAACCCCCCAAAUCCCUGGGGAGAAGAGCUACCGGUUGUUCAUCUCCUUACGUGCGCCCAAGUUCUCUCUCAGGUACACCUGGUGUGCCUGCCUACGGUAUUUUUUCAUACAACAUUCCUUCAUGGACACCUUUCUCUUCAUCCACAGAGCCCUGUGUCCUUUUAAUGGCAAGGUGGUGGUCUGCCCGAGUGGCAUGCCGUUUCAAGCUGUUUAGCACCUCUCCUAACAUGGGACAUUGGGCAGGUUGACAGUAAGCCAUGGAAAAGGUCAGAGAGAAGAGUGCCUCGGGCCUCCCUGGUGGCGCAAGUGGUUGAGAGUCCGCCUGCCGAUGCAGGGGAUGCGGGUUCGUGCCCCGGUCUGGGAGGAUCCCAUAUGCCGCGGAGCGGCUGGGCCCGUGAGCCAUGGCCGCUGAGCCUGCGCGUCCAGAGCCUGCGCGUGCGGAGCCUGUGCUCCGCAACGGGGGAGGCCACAACAGUGAGAGGCCCGCAUACCGCAAAAAAAAAAAAAAAAGAGUGCCUCCUUUAUCUGCUUGGCGUUUGGGCAGAAACAGCACGAGAUGAUGCAGAAAGGGCUACUUCCCUGCAGCUCAUGCUCAUAGAACCCUUCAGGCCAGUUUCUGACAGUCAUAGCACAUAUAGUGAUGCAGCGUUCUUUAUUUUCUGAUGUUCUGCUUACAGAAUCUGGUUUCUUCUCAGACUCACUGAAAUGUAACCUUAAAGGCUUCUGUUUGCUUCUCUGCCUUGGUGCAAGGGUGGGGAGACAGCUGGGGAGACUGGAAUAAAGUGAAGGCUGGAAU